AAGUCAGUUAUAAAAAAAUACAAGCAAGUGAAGGAGCCUUGCGAUGGCUUUCCUGGAAAUAUGUUUGGCCGUUCUGGUCGUGGGCGUGAUGAUAUACAAGUGGUCCAUAGCGACACACAAGGCAUUCGAGGGUCGCGGUAUUUACUUUGAGAAGCCAAAGCCCUUUUUUGGUAAUAUUGGAACCUCGAUGUUGGGCCUAACCUCGUUCCACAAGGUGCUCAGCGAGUUCUACAAUCGCACACGGGAGCACAAAAUUGUUGGAUUUUUCAACUUGCGCUCGCCCAUGAUCCAAUUGAACGACCCCGAAAUGAUCAAGAGGAUCUGCGUCAAGGACUUUGAUCACUUCCCCAACCAUCAGCUCUUUGUGGAGAGCAAGGAGCGCCUCCUGAACGACAUGUUGAGCGUCAUGAGGGAUCAGAGAUGGAAGCACAUGAGGAAUACCCUCACGCCGGUCUUCACGGCAGCCAAAAUGCGCAGCAUGUUCGCCCUCAUGGGAGACAGCUUUGGGGAGUGCCUCGAUCAUUUGUCGGGAUUAUCGAAGGGUUCCUCAGCUGGAGAGGGUGUCGAGGUGGACAUGAAAGUGCUCUGCAAUAAGUUAUCCAACGAUCUGAUUGCCACCACCGCUUUCGGCCUGAAGGUUAACUCUUUCGAGACGCCCGAUAAUGAGUUCUACCAAAUCGGCCAGUCGCUGACCUUCUCCAGGGGAUCGCAGCUAUUGAAAUUCUUGAUGGCCACACUCAUUCCAAAAGUUUUCCUAUUCUUUAAUCUGAAGAUCUUUGAUGGCCAGAAAGUCGAAUAUUUUGUCCGUUUGGUAGUGGAUGCCAUGAAAUAUCGCGAGGAGCACAACAUCAAUCGUCCCGACAUGAUCCAGCUGCUGAUGGAGUCUAAGAAGGAGGCCGAGGACAACUGGACUGACGAUGAGAUCGUGGCCCAGUGCUUUAUUUUCUUCUUUGCUGCCUUCGAGAACAAUGCCAAUCUGAUCUGCACCACAUCCCUGGAGCUGCUCGAGAACCCCGACAUCCAGCAGCGUCUCUACGAGGAGGCCAAGGAAGUGCAGGAAUCCCUCAAGGGUGGACCCCUAACCUACGAUGCUGUUCAGGGUAUGAAGUACAUGGAUAUGGUCAUCUCCGAGUCGCUUCGCAAGUGGGCCCUUGCCCCGGUUACCGAUCGCAUCUGCUCCAAGGAUUACACCCUAACCGAUGACGAUGGCACGAAGUUGUUCGACUUUAAGGUCGGUGAUCGCGUGAAUAUUCCCAUUGCCGGCAUUCACUGGGACGAGGAGUAUUUCCCCGAGCCAAGGAAGUUCGACCCAGAGCGGUUCAGUGAUGAGCGAAAGAACGACAUCGUUCCCUACACUUAUUUGCCUUUUGGAGUGGGUCCCCGUAACUGCAUUGGCAAUCGUUAUGCAUUGAUGCAGGUCAAGGGCAUGCUGUACAAUCUGCUGAUCAGAUAUAAGAUCGAAAGAUCGCCCAAAACCGUCAAGGAUCUGUGGACGGAGGCUCGCGGCUUCAAUCUGGCCUCCAAGGCUGGCUACUGGAUGCGCCUGGUGCCGCGCAAAUAGUGGAAAUAAAACAGAGUUUGCUGUAGGAUAAAAUACACGUAAAUAUAUUUUA